AAACGCCAUUUAUUUAAAUUGACAAAUACAAUUAGGAGAAAACUUAUGCAAACCAGUAAAAAUAUAAAGGCUAUAACUCGAGUUAUUUUAAAACUGAAUAAAAUCAAGUUCUUGUUGAAUUUUAAAUUAUUUACACACUAGAGAUUCAUUUAAGCCACAGGUUUUGUUUUGGACUAUUAUAAGUGAUAAAACUGUAUAAAGAGUUCCUAAAAAAUUAAAGUUUCAAAAUAAAAAAUGGGUCGUUAUCAUAUUUUUAAUUUUCCCCCAAGCACCCGCCUAUUUAAACGAGAACUGCGCAUCCUCGUACAGCGGAAGUUUGCGGUUGCUAGGCAACGCAGGUCUUUGCAUCGUCUUCGUCAGCGCCAGUUCAGCAGAACACAGGUAGCUAUGCAGGACGCAAGGAAUGUGGAGAUAAAAGAGGAGAAACCGCAGGAUAAAGAUGCCAUCCAGAGGGUUGGAGGUGAAGAGGCCACUGGAGCGAUUGUCCCGCUGACUCUAGAGGACCUGUUAGCCACACAGCCUGAUGACCUCAUCCCUCAGCUUGACCCUGACCUCAGUGUGGCAGGUUUUCUGACCCGUUUGGCACAGCCUCCUCCCCUGUCGACCACCAACGCUUCAGAAGACACGAUGAACCCAGAACAACAGCAAGAGGACGAGGAGGGGGAGUUACUCAUCUUAGACCCUGAACAUCCUCUGGUGAAAAGGCUUCAAGAUGCCCUCAACAGUCAGUUCAGGAAAAAUCUGGAGAGACUCAAACAGGAAAUAAAUGAAAAGCAGGCCAUUAAAAAGGCAGAGGACACUACGGAAUUGGGACGAGAGGUGUUCAAGUUUCAGGAAUACCUGGUUAAAAUUCAGAAGAAGACAGAUGACGUUCAUGAGUCCAAAGCAAAUGCAGACGCCAGGCAUCGGCAGGCACAAGAUCGGCUGGAGGCGGCGAAGAUCGAAUGUUCUGUCACAAGGCAGCAAAACAGCCAGGACAAAGCCAACGUGUCCAAACUGCAGGCCAAGUUAGACAAAAAGCUGCAGUACCUCAGUCUGACACAAGGAGUCAGUGAAGACCUGGACUCCAAAGUCAACACCAUGAAGAACAUCAGACAGAGAGCAGGGGCUGAGAAGACUCAGGCAGAAGAGCAGUUAUUAAAGCAGGAUGUGUAUGUAGAACGUCUAACUAAAGAGGUGGAGAGGCUGACGCUGCAGGUGUCCACAUACGAGGCCCAGAGAGGCGUUCAGGCUGAGCAGACACAGGCAGUCAAAGAGGCUCUUGUUAAGGCUGAGAUGGAAAUGGAGUCUCUGCUAACGUCACGUAAACAUCAGCUGUUGCAGUGGAGCAACAGCUUCAUGAGCAUCAGGAGAAAUGAUGAGGAGUUACGUGCAAUGCAGGAGGCUGUACGCUGUGUGGAGGAUCAGGGGAAUUUGCUUCAAAGAGAAAUAGAAAUGAAUAAGAGAGAAAUCGCUGCAGAGCAGGAGAAAAAUGACACUCUGGCUAUUCAGCUCAACUGGAGUGAGAUGGAUUGUGCGACUUCUAAACGGCUGAUCAGUCAGAAGCAGAACGACCUGGAGGCUCUGCAGACCCAGUACUCCACCUGCCUCCGCUCACUCAGAGAAACACAGCAGACCCUCGCUGAGCUCACAAAGGAAAACGCUACAUACCAGACUGAAGUGAUGGAUCAGAGGAAACAGUUGGAGAAAGAAAGUUCUGUGCGUCUGGAACUGGAGGAUAAAAUCAUGACCCACAUUCAGCAGCAGCUCACCCACAGCCAGGCUGCCAAGUACUCCCACCAUCUCGUUAGCAAGCUGAACACCCAGGAGAAAGGAAAGAUUUUCCAGUUGGAGAGCAUGCACAACGACGUGUUGUCUGUCAUGUUGGAGAGCCAAAAAGUCGACGUAAACGUGAACAGCUUGACCCUGAUCCAAAAGGCUCUGGAUGAGGAAACCAACAGCCACAACAAGUUACUGAAAUCACUGGAGAAAGACAUCUCUUCAAUGGUUCAAUUAAUCCAGCAGAAACAGACGGUCGCUGGCGACCUCCAAACUAAGAUUGCAAACAUCGUGGCUAACACCGGGCAUGAAGACCUGAGUCCUCUGCAAAUCCAAGUCCAGAAGACACAGGCUCAGAUCAAGGAGCUUGCAGACCGCAUUAAGAGCGACCAGCAGCUCUGGCUGCGACAACAGGGGGCGCUAGUGGAGCUGAGCAAAGACCUAGAGGUCAACAGCAGGAUGGUGCAGAAAAUGAAGACAGAGUGCAUUGUUUUUCAGCAGAAAAGAAUCCGUUUGGAGAGUCAGAUUCAAUACGAAGAGCGAGAGAACGCAGACGUUCAGAAGAACCUGAAGAUGCUGAGGAGAGACCUGGAGAAGCUCAACGGCCUGCUGAGCAAGAACAAACAGCUGACCCAGGCUCUGGAGCUGGAGAACUCGAUGAUGACGACAGACUUUGUUCACAAAGUCAAGGAGGCUGAGAGGGAAUCUGUCGACCUUCAGAUGAAGCUGGAGGCGAUGCAGGAGGAGAAGGAGAGGCUCCUCAAGAGUCUGGUGGAAGCCGAACAACAGAUUCUGCUGCGGGAAAGAAAAAUCCUUAUUUUGAAGGAGACUCGCUCAGCUGUGGACUCCGAGUUCGGUCAGGAAGAGAUCCAGAAGAUGAAGGGUGAAAUCCAUCGUAUGGAGUUGCAAGUCAGCCAACUGAAAAAACAUCAGGAGAAGCUGAUGAGACAAAGCGAGGCCGCUGUGGCGAAGAGGGAACACGUCCUCCAACGUAAAGAAGCCUUGGGCCGGAGCUCGCAUAGGGACUUCGCCGAGGCCGAGCUGAGGCGCUCCAACGAGGCUCUUGAGCGCACGAUCCAGAAAACACACAAGGAAGCUGCAGACUGUGAACAGCUGAUCUGGGAUCUGGAAAAGAGUAAAGAGGGUCUGAGUGAAAGGAUUGUGCAGCAGAAGCAGCAGCUGGCAGAACUUUGCAGCUCCGGGAGUAAACAAGACUUGGAGCUGGAAAACCUCCAGAGCGACAAAUAUACGAAACAAGUCUAUUUAGUUGCUCUGCAGAGUCGGAACAAGAGGUUGCAGGAAGUCAGCGAGGGCCACUACAAGGUCUCCUCCACCAGCGAGACGGUGGCAGCUGCUCAGCAGAGGCAGAAGGAGCGUCUGGAGGCCGUCGGCACCAUGCUGUCCGCGCUGUCGGAGCAGUUUCCUCAGCACAAGGCGGACCUCCUCGAGGUGUCACAAGCAGUGGAAGCAUACAAGCUAACCUCCCAGCAGUAGACCAGUAGGCUCACAGUGAAGGGGGGAGAGAAAUGUAACAGUGAGUAGAGCAGAAGCAUGAAAGAUCACAUGCCUGUAAGAGAAAUAAACACAUUAUGUUUGCUUUUUUUGGACUCUGAGUGAUGAGGCCUUCUGCUUGGCUUGAAGUAUUUUUACUUUAUUUCAAUUUUUGUAUUUUUCUGGUUAUUUCUGAAGCCUCGACCUCUAUCUGACAAAACACUUGAAACAGAGCUCUGAUUAGAUAAAAAUCUGCAAUAAAAUAUUACCUAUAAUGUUAAAGCUUCUAGACUUCUAUCUGGUUUGAGUUUGUUCGCUCUCUCUGUAAAAUGGCCUGUGAGGACAUUUAUUGUGAGCUGAAACCAAAUAAACUCAACUGAAUUCAACUA